AUGGGUCACUUAGCAAUAAAUAUAGGUGGUGAUCACCGUAGGCAAAUGAAUUAUGAAUUAUUUGAAGCUGCAAAGAGAGAUGAUGAAGUGAACACCUUCCUUCAAUUACCACCAUCACGAUCACCUCCAGCUAUUUCCGAUCAAGUGACCCCUUCGGGGAAUUCAAUACUUCAUGUGGCCGCCAGUUAUGGAAGCAAAAAUGUUUCAGAAUACCUGGCUAGAGAGUUUCCUGCCCUAAUCACAAAGCUGAACUCCAUCAACGAUACGCCGCUUCACCUUGCUGCGAGAGCUGGAAAGUUGACCACCACGGAAACUCUCGUCCGCUUUGGUCCUGGCUUGCUAAAGGUGAAGAAUAGAGAAGGAAACACUCCUUUGCAUGAUGCAGUGAUUAGGAGUCACUGUGCUGUGGCCAGAUCCCUUGUUUCGGCAGAUCAUGAUGUGGCCUAUCUCAAGAAUAAGGCAGGUAAGUCUCCCUUGUACCUGGCGGUGGAAAAUAUUGGCUACAAGAAGGCAGAGAAGUCUCCCUCGGAUGAGAAUAACCACGAUAAGGAUGUCAUACUUGACCUUCUCUUGGACUCCAUUGCCAAAGAUACUGAUUCACUCAAUUUACUGAGAAGAAUUGCAGAGAAGAAGCCAGAGCUGCUCCAUUUUCUUGACAAGGAGUUGGGAAACCCACUUCAUUUUGCAUCAUACCUAGGUAAUCUUAAAGUAGUUCAGUUCCUGUUGAAGGAAAAGGAACUUAGUGCUGUUGAAAGCAAUCAAGAAGGUGACUUACCUAUCCAUGUUGCAUGCAAAAGCGGCCAUGUUGAAGUAGUAGAAGAAUUGCUUGAGCAAUGGCCUGAUCCAAUGGAAUUUCUCAAUCAAAAAAGGCAGAACAUCCUUCAUGUUGCUGCGGAAAACGGACAAAGUAAAUUGGUGCAGUAUAUACUCCAAAAUCCGGGUCUAGAUCUCUAUCAAAAAGGCCUUCUUCUUAAUGGGAUAGAUGAAGAAGGAAACACACCCUUGCAUUUGGCAGCGAAGCACGGCCAUCCUUGGAUUGUGUUUAUUCUAGUUAUCAACAAGGCUCUUGAUAAAAAUAUUGUUAACAAUGAGAACUUGACAUUUUAUGAUAUUGCAGACAACCAACUAAAAUCAUUGGUUGAGGAACAAACUCAAAAACCAGACGUCCAAAAGGUUGCUGUUCAGGAUUGCAAGGACACUGAAACCGCGGUGGACUCAGCCAAGCGUAGCACGAAUAAUUAUCUAAUGUUACCUGACGAGGAUGAUCUAGAAAAGCAACAUGAAAAGGCAUACCCAAUCAGAACCCAAGUGCGUAAAUACAUUAACGUGAUGGCAGCAUUAUCGAUCUUAUACUUCUACGCCGACCCUAAGAAAAGCCUGGACAAGUAUUCAACUAGCAUGGAACCCAAACGUCAAAUCCAAGAGGAAACGAGGAGCAGAAUGAACAAUCUUCUUGUGAUAGCAGUACUUGUUGCUGGGGUAGCCUUUGCUGGUGCUGUCCAAUCGCCACAAAUAUGUGGUAGCGCUGAUGGCCAUCGUCAUAGCAAAUGCAGUUCUAGCUCUUUUAUAUUUAGCCUCUACCUUUAUUCUGAUGUGUGGGCUCUGAAUACCUCCUUGGUGGCAGCUAUACUCAUCAGCGCUACACAAUUGGUAUAUAUCCAAAUUUCACCCUUAGCUGUUUGGAUUUCAUCAACGUUGGUUGGUGUGUCCAUUUACUUUAUGAGCCUUGCUUUCUUGUUUGCUGUGAUCAUAGCACUAGCGAAUCUUGAAUAUGCAUGGCUAGCUUUUCUCACUGCCGUGUUGGCCAUAUCCUUUAUCGCUAUUCAGAGAGUGGUUGGUAUAGCAACUUUGUUGUAUGCAGUUUGGCUCAUUAGAGUGUGGCAGAGAGAAAUGGGUGAUUUUCCAUUUUUUGAUGAUGAUGACGACUUUCCUCCAUGCACUAAGAGAAGAAAAAUCAACAAUGGAGAGCAACAAGAUCAGUUUGAUGGUGGUGGUAGCCAUGGUGCUUGCACUAACCUUGGCACAGUCUAA